GCAAAGUUGAAGGCUUCAGUGUUUUUGGUCCGAGUCUGAAAAGUAUACGCCAAAGGAUUUAGAAAACCACAGCUGUAUAAGUACAACAUGGAAGCAGCACAUUUGUGUGCAGGUUUAUUUCUCUCGGUUGUCGCCUGGUGCAGAGCGAGGCAGGUCCAGGACAACCAAACCGGGGCUCGACGCAAGAAGCGCCGCCUGCGGCUGCUGGCAGCUCGGCGGCUGCGGCUCAAGAAACUCCAGCAAACAUGGAUGAGGAGGGGAAAAGUCUGCAAACAGAGUCGACUGCAUCGCCUCUGUGCUCAUGAGAAAUGGAUGACAGCGAUAACACAUCACUUCUUGAGGGAUCGUAUGCGACAAAGACCCAAAGUGUGGCUCUAUCCUCGGACCAGCGACUGGUGGGAGAACACAGCUUCUGCUUUCACAGAUGAUCAGUGGCUGCAGCAUUUCAGGGUAUCAAGAGAGACUUUCUCCCAUCUCUGCAUGAUGUUGAAGCCACAGUUGAAGAGGCAGGACACCACUUAUCGUCUCUGCAUCCCCCUGCAGAAGAGAGUGGCUUUGACUCUAUAUAAAUUGGCUUACCCCUGUGACUAUAAAACUGUGGCAGAGCUCUUCGCUGUGGGGGUGGCGUCUGUUUGCCGCUGUGUGCAUGAGUUCUGCACAGCAGUCAUUGAAGUGCUUAAGCCGCAGCUUGUUGUGACACCAAACGGCUCUGAGCUUGUGAAAAUAGCAGACUUUUUCUUACACUCAUAUGGGAUCCCUCAGUGUAUUGGUGUAUUAGACACAAUGCAAAUUACAGUCAUCAAACCACCACACUACCAGUCUGAGCCACCCAACAGAGAAAGUUAUCUUGCUAUCUUAUUACAAGCAGUGGUGGACGGCAAUGGCAUGUUCUGGGAUCUGAGCAUGAGCUGCCCAACAUGGGUGAAUGAUUCCUGUGGACUUAAAGAGUCGUGGGCAUGUGAGGAUUUCACCAUCAGGAUGCUCAAUGUCUGUGGAACUGACAGCGGCCGCUUUAUUCUUGGUGAUGAAGGGUAUCCUUCUCAACACUGGCUUCUCAAACCGUGCACCAACACAAGCUGGAUGACUGCAGAACAAGAGGUGUUUAAUAGUCAGAUUAGUCAAGCACACAGUGUAGCCCAGCAUGCUUUUGAGAGGCUGACAGGUAGGUGGAGGUGCCUGAAUAAACGAAAUGACUGCAGUGUGGAGAUUGUCAAGGACAUGGUAGAGACAUGCUGUGUGCUUCAUAAUCUCUGUGAGAAAAACAAGGAUACGUUCCUUCCAGAGUGGAUUAGUCGUGAGCCACCUCCGAAUGUUAAUGGAAAAGCCUCAAAGGAAUAAUGAGACAGACUCAUUGUUGGCCUUGCAGCAAUUUGUACAAAAUGAUGCACAUUAAUGUCCUCCUUAGAUAAACGGGCCUUAGCGAAUAUCAGUCAACUAUGUAUGAAUGUGGCAGAAAGAGAUACUGUUCUUGUGGUUUAUGAAACAUAAAUAUAUAUUUUUAUACAUUGCCCUGCUAAAUUAUGGCUGUUGUGUUACAUGAAGUCUUUCCCUGUUUUGAAGAUGCAUAAUUAAAAAACUUUAUUUAAAUACUUCAUUCACACAUUGUUUUACCCAUUCAAUAAAAUGAUAAACA